AUGGAAAGCAAAAAGCAUACCACGGAAAACCAGAACUUGACCCAAAAGAUCAAAAAUAAGGAGCUCAGAAUCGUGAAAAACAGAGCACGAGUCAAAUCAAAUGUAUGGGAUCAUUUUGGAGUAAUCGUUAACGCUGACAAACAGCAUGUGGAAGGAUUCGCAGCAUGUAAAAAGUGCAAGCGGGUGUUAGCCUAUGAUAGCCAUAGAACAGGCACUUCCAGCUUGAAAAAACACAUUGAGAAAUGCACGGUAAGACGUCUAUUAAUUGCACAGUAGCCAAUUGUAAUGCAAAACAAGAAGCUUAAAAUGCGCGGCAGGAAGGACAAAGAUGGUUAGCUCGGGUUGUGGCGGUCGGUUAAAUUCCACAUGGUUCGGGUUGAGGUAGCAGUCUUUCCUAAUGGCGGUUUGCAGUCGGGUCCAACAGAUCCGUUUGUGCGGUUAUGAUUUUUUUGGGGGGGGCUCAAAUUGGACUCUGUGGCAGACACAUACAGUAUUAGUUUAUGUGCGUGUGAUAAUUGAAAUAAUAUGCGUGCUGUUGUGAAGCAGGAUGCUUGAUUUAUUGUCAAAUGUUGCUUUUGUAUGUGUCGGCUAUGUGAAGUGGUGAAGACGUUCGCCUUUAAUGCCUGCACAUGCGCAAUGAAAUAUCUGAUUCCAGACGGCUACCAAAGACCGUACACUGUGCUGCUAAAUACGUGCAUUCGAGGUAGCUUAAAAUAUCCUUCCAUUACACUCUAAGAACCAGCAGUUGUGAGAUAUGGAAUGUAGAAGCAGAGACCGUAAAAAAUAUAGGAGUCACACAUGGAGAUAUUUCAAUGAAAUCUCUUCGGAAAGUGUGACAUGCAAGCUGUGUGCGGCUGUUCUGAAGCGGACGAGCGGUAGCACAACAUCCAUGUUGAACCAUUUAGAAAGGAUCCAUCAUCUGUCGCUAAGACAUAUCAAAACGCAGCGAGAGCGGAUUUCUACCGUUAGAGGUAAGAGUCCUGUAAGUGUUUUUAUUUAAUUCUUAGGUAGGCUACUACAGCAAACUCGUGUGAUAUCUGGACUGGUCACAAAGACAAGUUUCUCUUCUACCUCCGCUUGUAGGCCUACCGUAAUUACUCCUCAUGAGGUUGCCAUAAAUUCCGAAUGCGUCACAUUUGUUUUGCCCACAAAUGCAGUUAAUACGGUAAAUUGGCGAUGUUUGGUCACUCGAGAGGAAAAGGCGAAGCAUUUACUCCGCCCAAAAUCUGUCCACGAAAAUAAGACAACGAAGUGAGGAAUUUUUGUAUGGAGGUCAAUGAGUGUCGAAUUUGGUCAACAAAAAUUGCCUGCUACGUGAGGCUUAUUUGAUCGAAACGAAGUUUAGUAUUGGUUAGGUUGUUACGAAUGCACUGAUAAGUGGACGCACGUGGCAGUUUUUUCCAAAUUGGCCAUUAUCGGAGGUUUGCCUUUUAUCACACGCGUAUCUGCCCUUUCAUUUGCUAGAAUGGACCCACCUGAUCUCGUCUCCUCUCGCCGGCAUUCCAUGUUUGAGGACAUUUAUUUCCAUUGUUAUAGCGGUCACUCGACUAUCUCGUCAAUAUAAUAGAUAAUCUUUGGUCAGUCACACCAGAGAGGAAGAGGCGAAGCGAGAGGUUUUAUUCCCGUCAAAAUCUGUCCGCGGGAAUUCAGCGAUAAACCGACUGCAUUCCCGCCUUUGGGACAACGACUCCCAUUGUUAGGGCGGAGACAAAACCAUCUCGUCAUUAUAUACAGUAUCUGCGCUCACACUCACGCAGCUCUUUUGGUGAAGGUAACAGUAGGCUGCUCUGCUGUUUUGGUCAGUCAUAUAGAUUAUCUGGUUUGGUUGUUUAUUUGUUCCAUUCAUUCACAAAAUGUCUACACCAAGUUCACCCAGCUUUGGUUCAGCUGUGUGGCACAGCUUCGACAGAAUAGAAGCUGCACUGGCAAAAUGUAAACACUGCGACCGGAAUAUCAGAUGUAAAGGAGGUAGCACCAGUGGCAUGAAAAGGCAUUUAGAGUCUCGGCAUCAGGUAAACUGGACCUCGGAAAAGGACUAACGUUACCAGAACAAAUUUGAGACCUCCGUCUUUUCUGACACUGUGCUGGUAACCAGACAAAAGCAAUGGAGCUAUAGAUAUUGGAGCGCCCAAGAGACAGUAGGUAUUAAAAUGAGUCAGCACUAAAUAGCUAUAAACCUGCUGAUGUGACGAGUUAUAUUUCACACGAUCAAUGAAGAACUUGGAGUUAUAUUACGUUGAUUCAAUGAUCAUGCGCACAUUUCCGUUACAUGGAUUUGCGGAUAUCCGCUUGUAUGCCAGCCUAAAAAAAAUACAUAUAUUGUGGUAGCUAACCAGGAAUUCUUAUCGAUUUGACGUUGUGUUAAAACCGCGCUCGAAAUAGUGUUUUUUAACACGCACGUAGAAGCCUGCUAAUUUGGCUAGUGCAGCAGAGAUCUAAAGGAAAGGUUUUGACUCUGGAGAUAAAAUCUGUCAUAGCAUAAAACGGAAGCGAUGGGACGUGCUAAAAGUAGUACAGCUUGGAUGUAUUUCACCAGAAAAGGCAUUGAUAUACAGUGAUCCCUCGCCACUUCGCGGUUCACUUAUCGCGGAUUCGCUAUUUCGCGGAUUUUCAUAAUGCAUUUUUUUUUUUUUGGUGCAUUGUGCUCUGCAUUCUGAUUCGCUAAAAACUCACUCCCGCUUCUUGUAUCAAAACAUGCUACGAAUUGUGCUAUCAUUUUGUCGUCUCGUGCAGUUAUGUGUACGUACAUAAAACAGCUUGGCAAAUUUACAUUAAGUUGGCCAAAUUAUCUUGUAAUUUCGAACAUCUCCUAAACCCAUAAUGUCGACGAAACGGCCUGGACCGACAAAAGCACCUGCGGAUGGGCCCAAACGGCGGAAGAUGCUACCUAUCUCAGAUAAAGUUAAACUUCUGGACAUGCUAAGGGAAGGUAAAAGCUAUGCAGCCGUUGCUCGCCAUUACGGAAUCAAUGAAUCUUCCGUUCGUUACAUAAAGAAGGAGGAAAAAAACAUAAGGACGACAGCAGCAGUCAAUUUUAAUACGAAUGCAAAAAGGGUUGUAACUGUCCGCAACAAGACCAUGGUACGGAUGGAGACGGCAUUAGCUCUGUGGACUAAUGACUGCAGGAAAAAAAACAUAACCCUGGAUACAAACGUUAUCUGCACAAAAGCGAGAAUGCUGUAUGAAAACUUUGCUGUCAGUGACGGGGAAGAGGGAGAGGAUGCCGGGCCCUCAGCAAGUGCUGCUGACACAGUGGGAGAGGAUGCCAGGCCCCCAGCAAGUGCUGCUGACAAAGUGCCAAGCGCAUUUAAUGCAAGCAAGGGCUGGUUUGAAAAGUUUAAGAAACGCUUUGGACUUAAAAAUGUUUGUCUGCACGGUGAGAUGGCGUCUGCGGAUACCGCUGAGGCAGAAGCCUUCGUGAACAAUAAAUUCAAGGCGAUCAUUGAGGAGGUAUAUGUAUGUAUAUGUCGGCUAUGCAAAGCAGUACUCCGAUACAACAACGGCAGCAUGUUAAACCACAUAAAAUACAAGCACCCAGCCAUCGUAGCAGAAGCUCUAGAUGGUAAAUCAAAAACGACCAUUGGGGUAAAGUAGAGAGCUAUUAUUAUCCACCACAUGUUAUUUUGUCCCUCGAAUAUUAGUACCUUUAUUGGCAUACCCGUAAAACUUAAAUUAAACGCUGUCUCAAAUAGCCGCCUAGCUGUCCCUUUUAAUGGUCGCCAUACCCUAGUUCAACAUCAACCAUUUAAAAUAGGCUACUAAAAUGAUUCCAAUCCCGAUUUAAAAGGCAAAUGCAGUUUAGCGGUAUUAUUGGGCAGACUUUAGGACCAUGUGGACGCCUGGAAGCAUGAGGCAAGGCUGUAAAGCUAGCUGGGUUAGCUGACAACGACACAAACGAUGCGGCGAUUCAAUGGGCAGAAGUCCGUGUUUUGUGAUUCUGGAUGGCCAGAUAGCUAGCAAAAAUGACAAGCUGCCAUGUGGGGAAUCAUAGGUUGCUAGUUUUAUCUCAUUCUUGAUACCAUGGCAUGUCUUGUUUUGACUGAUGUAAUGCCUAUGCUAAUAUGUCAAAAAUUCGCUAGCUAGCUAACCAACAACUGUAACGAUGUAGUUGAGACAAGUGCUCAUUGUGCAAAUGUAUUUGUUUUCAAUAAACAUUGGAGACGAAAUGUAGUUUACAUGUUGUCAACUAUUUUAGCCAACCCCUUCGAUUUUGCUCUAUAGUUACUAAACAACCCUCUAUGGCUGGCUGGCUGGCUUUACGGAGAGCAGUGUUGCCAACAAUUUUUCAGUGAGAUCAGCUAUUGGCUCCUUGAUUUGCCGCUAGAUGACGUUUUGCCAUUGCCGCGAUGACGUCAUACCGCCAAUUUGCCUCGCUGCAGUCCCCAACGAAGCGUUUAAAGAUGCCUGUAGUACAUGGCUUUGGCUAGGUAACUGCUGUUUGAUUUGACACGAAUCUUAACUAGAGUUUUAAUCCCGGUGCUGAGCUAAUUCAUAGCAGCUAAUUCUUGUAUGACCUGUUUGUAGAAUGUUAAGUCCCAUAUUGACUGAGGUGAAUGAAGCUACAGCAACAAGGUGAUAAUGGCUGGCGUCAAUUUUGUUUGUUUCUGCUGUUCUCCACAUUGCAUUUGAGAGUUUAAAUAGUGUAGAAAUGCAGUAAAUAAGCUUUAAAUUUAGUUUUAGCUGAAAUGUUGCUAGCCAUGGCUAGUCUGGCUGACACCUAAAGCGAAGUCUUCUUCCUUGCUGUGUGGUCACGUGGGUCGUGUCAGCCAGGCUAAACCAUGGCGCCACCAAAAAGAAAACACAACAUCAAAUUCGCAGAGUGAAAUUCUGUCGAGGCAACAGCCAAGCAUUUUUUUAAUUGAUCCAAAAGGAGUGAGAUAAUGGAGAAGUCGAACUUCAACGUUUGUCUAAGGUGGAUCAGAAGAGGGUGAGGCUGCAAGGUGGGGGGUGGAAAAAGGUAAAAGUAAAUAAACAGCAGUCUCUAAUAUGCGCCGGUUGUGUUCAGUGAUUGAAGCAAAUAAACGCCCAGGCUAUUAAUUGAAGUUUUACAGAUAGAGUAUAAAACCACCCAACAAAAUCUUCAGGGACAACAUGUACAGUUUUAAAGCUACAAUCCUUUUUUCAAAAAUCUAAAAAGCAGCUUGUUUUGGUAUACAUCUGGUGGGCUACGAUAUACUGAACAAAAAUAUAAAUACAACAUGCAACAAUUUCACAGAUUUUACUGAGUUAUAGUUCAUAUAAGGAAAUCAGUCAAUUGAAGUAAAUUCAUUAGGCCCUAAUCUAUGGAUUUCACAUAAAUUUUAAAAAAUUAGUCAUUUAGCAGAUGCUCUUAUCCAGAGCGACUUACACAUGACUGGGCAGGAGUCACUAACAGGGUUGUAAACACAUUUGUGCACAAAAUUUGAGAGAAAUAAGCUUUUUGUGAGUAUGGAAAAUUUCUGGGAUCUUUUAUUUCAGCUUGUGAAGCAUGUGACCAACACUUUACAUGUUGGGUUUUAUAUUUGUGUUCAGUGUAUUAUGCUCGCUAGUACUUUCUGCUGCAUAAAUUCACAUGGUGAAUGGAACAUGACGUACCAUAAUGUUAUUUGUUAAUGGUUAUGUGGUAUGAAUGGUUUUUCUACAGUCAUUGAAGUACAACAAAAGAGAAGCUGCAAUAAAGGAAGAGAAGACACUGUCCAAGAAGAACACACAUGAGGAUGAGGAAGAUGAGCCGCACCCUAAAAGAGGGAUGUCAAAGUGGGUACUUUAAUUUACAUUUACAAGGUUAGUCUCAUUGAGAUUAAACAUCUAUUUAGCAAGAGACCUGGCCAAAAUAGCAGCACACAAAACAUGUACAACAUAAAGCACUACAGUUUAAUAACAUCAGUUUACACAUUGAACAAGCACCUUGGUUUUGGGAGGAGGGGUUCAACUAGGGGUCAACACAUUGACAGCCCCCCAAUUCAUUGUAUCAUGUAUAUUGGAAGAUAAAACAUUGGUAACACUUUUCUAUAGGCCUACUGUAUUAGAUUGUCAGAGCCCAUAAUCAAAUCUAGUCUGUUAUGACAGACUAGGUUGUUACAUAUUUAGUUCAUAUGAAUGUUUGAUUUGAGUUCAAAAUGGCCAAGCCUUUGCCAGACUACUUCAGUGUUCUAAUGGUUUAACUUUGUAUUUCUGUGUUCUUAACAUCCCCCAGGCAAGAACCCAAUACUUCACUGGUAGCCUUGACAGAAGGUUAGUUUCUGUUGUUGUAUUAAUAGUUUCAAUCCAAGAUGUCCUGUAUAGUCAAAUAUGUCAACUUUCAGAUGGUCUCAUAGCAAUAAUAUUGUGGUUAUGUCUCUCACAAUAUACUAUGUUUUUUUUUUUGCGGUAGACGGUGCUCCAGAGCAGUUUGAAUUUCAGUAUGGACUUGAGGGACCAACAUUUAAGGAUGACAACAGGGAGGUGAGUUGGUAAAGCGUUGCUCAAAUGAGCAGGUGUUCUUUUACUCUUGUAGUUAGCUGCAGUUAGCACAAAACGGACUGGUACCCAGGCGAUCGUUCAACUCCUUGUCAUGCCAAAUAUGAUGUUUGGCAUGAUGGCACAAACCGAUCUGGGACCAGGCUAAGCUACAGCUCCUCAUUUCUUCUACUCAAACCUCUUCCUUUUUUCCCCUGUGCAGUCCUCCAAGAGCCAUCUGUCUAUCAUCAAAGUGGAACAGCUGGACUCCCUCCUCCCAGACCAAACCGGUGUGUGGGGGAGGGGGGUGGGACUAUAGUGAAUGUAUGCACUAAACUGGACAAUGAAGCAAGUGAAAAUGAUCUGCGGUAACAUUUGGACUAGGAUUGAUUUGCCUACAUAUCCAAUGUGCACUUAUCAGGAGUCGACUCUUCUCCUUUCUGUUCCAUCACCAGAUUCCAGCUGUGGUUCUGGGUCACCUGGGGAUUCGGGGCCUCCUGGCUCGUCUGGUUCUGGGUCCAGUACGAGUCAGGCUGCACAGUUUUUCAGGAAGUGCCACCAGGCAGGCUGUACACAGUACAUCUUCUCAGAGUUCGCCUCCCGCCUCAGCACCAUCACUGAGAGGAUCACAUCCCAGCAGGCCAGUGAGGAAGGUGAGACGGAACACCUGAGGAAUAGAAGGGCACUAAAUGGAAUGAUACAUUCGACUACUGAUAGAUAAAAUGGCUUGGUACUGUUGUCGGCCAACUUAACCGGGUCAGCUAACUAAACCGGGGCGUGCGCGUUUUCAAAGUGCAUUUGUCAACUGUAUUACCCAUUGUAAAACUGCUCCUUGUUGGACGUGUGCUUGUAAUAUUACAUUUUUAUGUUAGUGUUAGUAUAGAUAUUAACAAAAAUUGUUUCCUGUGUCCACAGAUUUCAACCUCACCCUGAAAGUGCUGGAGGCCUCUGGGAUGCUGCCAGAGAUCUUUGCCAAAAGAGACCAAGGUAAAGUAUUUAAACAUCCCCAUUAAUGGAAAACGCCACCCAAAAAUGAUAUUUUGGUAUUUGUUUCGUUAGUCCAUUGUUGACAUAGUGCCAAACUAUUUUGCUUGUCAGCAAUGCAUUUUCAAGAUGUGUAACUUUCAAAGGGGAUGAUUUCUGUAUUUUGAAAGUUGCAUAUCUUGAAAAAUGUAUUUGGGGUCUAUGUCAACAAUGGACUAACGAAACAAAUACCAAAAUAUACUUUUUGGGUGGAACUUUCCUUUAAGUACAAAAUAUACACUAUUUUUGUGGUACAUGGAAUAAAGUCCCCAUAAGUUAGCUCCUCAUAGGAAUUCUGGUUCGGAAGCACAAGUAACCUUGCCUGACACCUGAAGAAUUAUGUUUCCGAGCUAAUGCCUAGGCUUAAGCUUGAUGGGCUAACACAGUCAUGUGGCAUGCAGGAGACCCGCCGGGCUCGUACCCUGAUCGGUCACACCCACUGGCCAGUAGGCAGACAGAGCCCAGAGAACUGCUGUCACCCUGAUGCCCUGUUUCUUUCCCUUUUUUUUAGAAAUGGAGAAGAGACUGAGGGAGCUGCAGAGAGAGACUGAAGCGGUGAGGACGGCCAGGUCUGCCAUGAGAGAUGCUUGCGUCAUGAGCUUCACCUCAUCAUGACGGAGCACUGCUGAAGAUAAAAGCGGUUUUAUAAGGCGUUAUAACCAGGGCCUGGAGUUUCUGACCACGUAACUGAACUAGGAAGGUAUAGGACCUGGAGUUUUCCCUGGUCCAAUCCCCUCGUCAGGAGAAACUCUGAUCCUUCUUUUAACCGAAUGUAAAUAUUUCAAACCUUUUGUAUUUGCCAUAUUUUUCUACCCGUGUUCAAACUUUAACUCUGUGACAUUUGACUCUAUGAUAUUUGAAAGCAGUUUGUUUCACCCUGGCCACUGACUUGGGUGGCAUGUUAAACAUUAAAUUAGUAAUUGGUAAUAUAAUAUUUUGACAGACAUUGGUUCUGAGGUUAUUGGAGAUGUUUUGAUGUUAGUAGGUGAUCCUUAGUCUCCCUCUCUGCUGUAUGUAUAUGUUCACUAACCCUUAAGACUAAAUAUAUCCUAAUAUACUGUAUGUGCAAACCAGUAGAUCUAAUUUUCUCUUGAUGGGUACUAUGUCCACUGUAGUAAUAUAAGACAAGUUCAUUAUUAUGAAUACACUGGUAAUAUAGUAUACUUGAGAGGAAAUCUGAGAACUGUGACAUUUUCUGAGAAUGAAUUAAACUCCUG